GAUUGAAUAUGUAAAUCUAUUGAUCGUGUGUAUCCGUAGCAGUAAUUCAGCUUAUUAGCAUAGUUAGAAAACAAAGAGCUUUGGUUUGGUUGAUUAGUUCAGAUUUGAAAUCGGAAGAAUACAUGCCAUUUCUUAUCAGGAUACACCACAGGAGAAGCCAUAACAUCACUGAAGAAAGUUAGCUUUAAUAGGAGUCAGUAACUCUGUCAUGGAAAAUGAGGAGAGGAGCUCUGAAUAUGUUCUUUCAAAUGGAGAUGUGUAUCGUGGUGCUUUUAAAGGAAUGAUUCCCCAUGGUAAAGGUAAGUAUACAUGGUUAGAUGGAACCAUUUAUGAAGGUGACUGGGAAGAUGGGAAGAUGGCAGGGAAAGGGAAGAUCCGUUGGUCCUCACAGGCUGUAUAUGAUGGUGAUUUUUCUGGAGGUUAUCUUCAUGGUUUUGGAACUUUUAUUGGUUCUGAUGGUUCCAUGUACAGAGGUUCUUGGAAGAUGAAUUCUCAACAUGGCAUUGGACGGAAGCAGUAUUCAAAUUCAGACCUUUAUGAUGGUUGUUGGAGAGAGGGAGUGCGGGAAGGCAGUGGUAGGUAUGCGUGGAGUAAUGAUAACAUAUAUAUUGGGAAUUGGAAAAAUGGGAAAAUGUCGGGUAGAGGAGUUAUGAAGUGGUUUAAUGGAGAUCUUUUUGAUGGCUUUUGGCUAAACGGGUUGAGAGAUGGGUCAGGCUGCUAUAGAUUCUCUGAUGGAAGUUAUUAUUUUGGAACAUGGUCGAAAGGGCUGAAGGAUGGAUCCGGAACAUUUUAUCCUGCCGGAAAUAAGCAUCUAAGCAAACUUGAUCUUGAAAGGAACAAAGACAAGAGAAAUAAAUUGCUAUCUCAGCUGUCAUCAGAUCAUUUAGAUGAACCUGUGUUACCGAGUGUAAAGCGAAGUCUAUCUGAGAAAAUAUCCUAUAGUUUUAGAAGGGGUUCUGGCGGGUUUUCUCGUAAAACUACAUUUCUGAAUGACGAUCUGAUCAGCACUGAUUCGAUGAAAGAAAUGGUGCCACUUGAUAGAUCAGUCAGCAUCACAUCUAAUGGCUCUCAAGAUGGUCAAACUGAAUAUCCAGACAGCAAGACUGUGGCAUAUGAGAGGGAAUACAUGCAAGGAGUCCUUAUGAAAGAAAGAAUUAAAAAUGUAUCCAAACUAUCUCAUAGAAGUAAACAACGUCUCAAAUUUGCAAAAGAUGUAGAAAACAAAUCAUGUUUGAACAUAUUUGAAGGACACAGGAGCUAUUAUCUGAUGCUUAGCUUGCAACUUGGUAUCAGGUAUACUGUUGGAAAGAUCACACCAGUUCCAAUGCGGGAAGUCAGAUCAUCUGAUUUUGGAGAACAAGCAAGAAUAAGAAUGUAUUUUCCAAGAAAGGGUUCCCGAUUGACUCCCCCGCACCAUUCUAUUGAUUUUUACUGGAAGGACUAUUGUCCCAUGGUCUUCAGGAAUCUGAGAGAGUUAUUCAAGCUAAACGCUGCGGAUUACAUGAUGUCCAUAUGUGGCGAUGAUGGUUUAAGAGAGCUUUCUUCCCCGGGAAAAAGUGGAAGCCUUUUCUAUCUUUCUCAUGAUGAUAGAUUCGUAAUCAAGACACUGAAAAAAUCUGAGCUUAAGGUGUUGUUGAAGAUGUUGCCUAGGUAUUAUAGUCAUGUACAAGCACAUGACAACACGCUCAUUACUAAGUUCUUUGGGGGACACAGGAUAACAUUGAAACAUGGAAAAAAGGUCCGCUUUGUGGUCAUGGGGAAUAUGUUCUGUACUGAAUUAAGAAUACAUCGUCGAUAUGAUUUGAAGGGCUCAGUUCAGGGCAGAUUUACAAAUAAGGAUAAGAUUGAUGAGACCACUACAUUGAAAGAUCUUGAUUUGGCUUAUGAGUUUCAUAUGGACAGGUCCUUGCAUGAGGCACUUUUUAGGCAACUAUCUCUUGAUUCUGCAUUCUUGGAAUCUCAACACAUAAUAGAUUAUAGCCUUCUCUUGGGCUUGCAUUUUAGAGCACCCGAACAUCUAAGAUCGCUAUUAGAGCCUCCUGAUUCACAACCCAAUGCUGAGAACACCAAUAACACCGAUGGUGUGAAUUCCCAAGGAGACAUCCUAAUUCCUCCCAGGGGUUUGGUCUUAGUCACCCAUGAGCCUGGUUCUGUCAGCAUUGCACCAGGUCCUCACAUUCGGGGUGAUACAUUGAAAGCAUACUCUAUCGGCGACAAAGAAGUUGAUCUUCUUCUUCCUGGUACUGGAAGGUUGAGGGUGCAAUUAGGAGUAAACAUGCCAGCUCAGGCUAAUCACAAAAUUUUGCAGGCAGAUAUCGAUAAUGCUGAAACCGAGCUCUUUGAGGUGUAUGACGUGGUUCUUUACCUUGGCAUAAUCGAUAUAUUACAGGAAUACAACAUGAAAAAGAAGAUCGAACACGCUUGUAAAUCUCUCAAGUUCGAUCCUCUGGCCAUUUCUGUAGUAGAGCCUAAGAUUUAUUCAAAACGGUUUAUUACCUUUCUAGAGAAAAUCUUUCCUGUCCAACCGUAACCAGAGACCUUGGGAUCACCAAGUUGAAGCAUAUUUAAGAUUCUUGUGUUCUUCACCUUAUGUUUCGAUAAUUAACUCGGAAUUAGCUUAGUCAUCGAGUGGAGUCAUAAAUUGUAUUGUAUAUAUAACUGUUUUUACUAUGUAAAGUUGUGGUGGAUAGCAUGCUCGGAUUCUGGGCUGAACUUUAUUAGUUGAUCAGUUGUUUUUUUAUGCCAAGUAUAGAUUUCAAGAUC